AUCAAGAAGACUGAAGGAACUGAAGAACCAACUCAGUCUUAGGUGGAUCUUAUCUAGACGUCUUUUUUUUUGUGCACUAACGAAAUCUCUAAGCCACAAUGCUGUUUUCUCUCUCUACUGUCACUGUGCUGGUACCAGUUCUAUCUUUACUUGGACUUCUGUACUCUGCAAGUGUGGAUGAAAAUUUUCCACAAGGCUGCACCAGCACUAACAGUCUGUGCUUCUACAGUCUGUUGUUACCUGUGAUGAUUCCUGUGUAUGUGUUUUUCAGCUUGUGGAGAUGGAUGGGAAUCAAACUGUUCAGGCACAAUUGAAAUAAUUGUUUGAUUUUGUGGAAUAAAUUUUUAUUGAAUCAACAUGAA